AUGGCCGGUCUGAACGUGUCCCUCUCCUUCUUCUUCGCCACCUUUGUCCUCUGCCAGGCGGCCAGGAGGGCGUGCAAGGCCCUGCUCCCCGCGGGCGCCUACGCCGGCUUCGCCCGGGAGGCGGUGGCCGCGGCCCAGCUGGGGGCCUGCUGCCUGGAGAUGCGGGUGCUGGCGGAGCUGGGCCCCUGGGCGGGGGGCUGCGGCCCCGACCCGCUGCUCACCCUGCUCUUCCUGGCUCACGGGGCCACCUGCGCCGGGGCCGCGGCCACCCCCACCGUGGCCCUGCAGGGGCUGCUCCUGGCCGAGGCGUCCGCGCCCCGCACGCUGCUGAAGCUGGCGGCCCAGGGGCUGGGCGUGCGGGCGGCCUGUGCCCUGACCCGGCUGUACUGGGCCUGCGAGCUCUGUGACCUGCACGUCCUCCAGAACCUCAUGGACCCGCACUGCAGCUCCGCCCUGCGCACGCCCGUGCCCCACGGCGCGCUGGUGGAAGGCGCCUGCACGUUCCUCCUCCACCCGGCCCUCCUCCACCUCCGGGACAGCCUGCCCGCCUGCAGGGUGCCGGCCGUGGCCCUGCUGGCCGCCGCCAUGGCCCACACGGCCGGGCCCUUCACGUCCGCCUUCUUCAACCCGGCCCUGGCCACCUCGGUCACCUUCCACUGCUCGGGUCACACCCUGCUGGAGUACGCACAGGUGUACUGGCUGGGUCCUCUGACAGGGAUGGUCCUGGCUGUCCUGCUGUACCACGGCCGCCUUCCGCGCCUUUUCCGGAGGAACCUGUUGUACGGCCAGAAGAACAAGUACCGAACUCCUAGAGGGAAGCUGGCCCUGGGGCCUAGAGACACCCGGCCACCUGCAGGGCGGAGCAGAAGCCGGGAGCCUGGGCGGGGCGGGGCGGGGCAGGAGCCGCCGGCCUCCCGCUGA